UUAUCAUAGUCCGCCCGGACCGGCUUGAGCACACACGUGUACGAAAUGGCAGUGGCAAUCAACAGAGGUAUCUUCAUCGUAGGGGCGAAGCGUACGCCCUUCGGCCGCUAUGGCGGUAAACUGCGAGAUGUUCAUCCAUCAGACCUACUGGCGACUGCUGCCAAAGACGCCUUCAAAGCGAGCGGCGUCGCACCAGCCAUCGUCGACACUGUCAACAUCGGACAAGUUAAUGUGCUAAGUGGUUCUUCAGACGGAGGUUUAACACCUCGCCACGCCGCUCUAAAGUCCGGGGUCCCGCAAGAUAAGCCAGCACUCGGUGUUAACAGGCUCUGUGGCUCAGGCUUCCAGGCUAUCGUCAACAGUGCACAGGACAUCAUAACAGGCGCAGCGCAGGUCUCUCUUUCCGGCGGCACAGAGAUCAUGUCUGGCGUCCCCUUCGUCGUUCGCAACGUUCGCUUCGGCACAGCCUUAGGCCAAAGAAUAGACUUCGAAGACUCGCUACAAAGGGGCUCGUUGGACACACAGUGUAACCUCACCAUGCCUGAAACGGCAGAGAAUUUAGCUGAGCGGUACAAGCUUCAGCGAAGUGAGGUUGAUGCCUUCGCACUGCAGUCGCAACAGAGAUGGAAGGCUGCCUUCGACAACGGCGUCUUUAACGAAGAAAUGUCCCCUGUGACGGUGAAGGUCAAGAAACAGGAUGUGGUCGUGUCUGUUGAUGAGCAUCCUCGGCCGCAGACCACGACUGAAGACCUGGCGAGACUACCUGUGUUGUUCCGCAAGGGGGGUGUGGUCACAGCAGGGAAUUCCUCGGGUGUGAACGACGGAGCCGGCGCCAUCAUCCUAGCCAAUGAAGAAGCGGUCUUCAAGCACAGCCUAAAGCCUAUAGCUCGUCUGCUCGGCUGGUCUUUCGUUGGUGUGGACCCCAGCGUCAUGGGCAUUGGCCCUGUGCCGGCCAUCCAGAGUCUGCUGGCUGUUAACAAGCUCAGCUUGAAGGACAUUGAUCUCAUUGAGAUCAACGAGGCAUUCGCAGCACAAACCUUGGCCUGCGUUAAGGAGCUGGGCAUAGACCAGAGCAAACUGAACGUGAACGGGGGCGCCGUGGCGCUUGGGCACCCCGUCGGCGCCUCGGGCGUCAGGAUCACUGCGCAUCUAGCUUACGAACUGAGGCGCCGUGGACUAAAGAGAGGCAUCGGAUCGGCUUGCAUCGGCGGCGGGCAGGGCAUCGCUUUAUUAGUAGAAACUGUUUAAAAUAGUUUAAACAAAUUAUUAUUAUUUUAUAUGUAAAUAUUGAUUUCACAUUGGC